UAAGAGGCGCGCGCGCGGCUAAGCGUCAUUUACACUGGAGGAUCAAUCAUGUCUGUUUAGCGCAUUUACGGUCAGGUCAUGAGUUUGUUUUGAGAUCAAGUCUCACUAUAGUCCAAAGCAUCGCCUCAGGAAGCAGAAUAUCGGUCAGAGAUCAGUUAUUGAUCACCAUGCCGCCCAUCGAGAAUGACUCGGGUCGCGAGCUGAUGAAAUCUAAAAUCAAAGAGCUGAUCGAUUCCAGUCAGGUGCUGGUGUUUAGUAAGAGCUUCUGUCCGUACUGCGUGAAGGUGAAGGAACUAUUUAAAGAACUGAAUGUCAAAUGUCAUGCCAUAGAGCUGGACCUGAUGGAGGAUGGAUCCAACUACCAGGACAUGCUACAUGAGAUGACUGGGCAGAAAACAGUCCCCAACGUUUUCAUCAACAAGAAACACAUCGGUGGCUGUGACAACACCAUGAAGGCACACAAAGAUGGCAUCCUGCAGCAGCUGUUGGGUGAUGAGAGUGAGGGGUACGACUACGAUCUCAUCGUCAUUGGAGGCGGAUCUGGAGGUCUGGCCUGCUCAAAGGAAGCAGCUGUUUUGGGGAAAAAGGUCAUGGUUCUGGAUUAUGUCGUUCCUACGCCCAAAGGCACAACCUGGGGUCUGGGAGGUACGUGUGUAAAUGUGGGUUGUAUUCCUAAGAAACUGAUGCAUCAGACGGCCCUGUUGGGCACAGCCAUGCAGGACGCCCGCAAGUACGGCUGGGAAUUCGGUGAACAAGUGACUCACAACUGGGACACGAUGAAGACCGCGGUGAAUAACUACAUCGGUUCGUUGAACUGGGGCUACAGAGUUUCCUUGCGAGACAAAAAUGUAAAUUACGUCAAUGCUUUCGCUGAGUUUGUGGAGCCCCACAAGAUCAAGGCGACAAACAAGCGUGGUAAAGAGACGUUCUACACUACAUCCAAGGUUGUUCUGGCAACAGGCGAGAGACCUCGUUACCUGGGCAUCCCAGGAGAUAAAGAAUACUGCAUAACCAGUGAUGACCUGUUUUCGUUACCCUACUGUCCCGGGAAGACUCUGGUGGUCGGGGCGUCGUAUGUGGCUCUGGAGUGCGGGGGUUUUCUGGCCGGUUUGGGUAUAGACGUCACCAUCAUGGUUCGCUCCAUUCUGCUGCGCGGCUUCGAUCAGGACAUGGCCAAUCGUGCGGGAGAUUACAUGGAGAUGCACGGGGUCAAAUUCCUCAGGAAGUUCGUUCCAGUUAAGGUAGAGGAGCUGGAAGCUGGAACUCCAGGUCGACUGAAGGUGACUGCCAAAUCAACCGAGAGCGAUGAGAUCAUUGAAGGAGAAUACAAUACUGUGUUGAUUGCAGUGGGUCGUGACGCCUGUACGGGAAAGAUCGGUCUGGAGAAUGUUGGAGUUAAAGUCAAUGCAAAGAAUGGGAAGAUCCCAGUGAAUGAUGAGGAGCAGACGAAUGUUCCUCACAUCUAUGCCAUUGGAGACAUUCUGGAGGGAAAGUGGGAGCUCACGCCUGUGGCCAUACAGGCAGGAAGACUGCUGGCUCGUCGACUGUUCGCUGGAUCCACUUUGAAGUGUGACUAUGUGAAUGUUCCCACCACCGUCUUCACUCCGAUGGAAUACGGCAGCUGUGGUCACUCCGAGGAGAAAGCCAUUGAGAUCUACGGACAGGAGAACCUCGAGGUGUAUCACAGUCUGUUCUGGCCUCUGGAGUUCACCAUUCCCAACCGGGACAACAACAGGUGCUACGCCAAGAUCAUCUGCAAUACACUUGACAAUGACCGUGUGAUUGGCUUUCAUUAUCUGGGUCCUAAUGCUGGAGAAGUGACCCAGGGCUUCGGAGCAGCUAUGAAAUGUGGAAUUACCAAAGAUCAGCUGGACAACACCAUCGGAAUACACCCAACCUGUGCUGAGAUCUUCACCACAAUGGAGGUCACCAAGAAGUCUGGUGGUGACAUCACUCAGACGGGCUGCUGAGGUUAAACCCUGCUCGUUUAACAGGCUGUCUGUUCUAGUUUAAACCAGUUUAUCCCUCUCCGUUCAGCAUAAAAUCACUCUAGUAAUUUCAGGUCAUCAAAAAGCAGAAUAACGUGAUCUUUGAUGUGCCUUUGUUGCUAUAGAGACCAAUAAUGAGAUGAGGAGAUGAUGAUUGACAGCCUGUUAGACAGCGGGGUUACUCUGCUCAAACUCCUUGUCAAAGUCAGAAAUGCACCAAUUUGUGUUGUGCUUCACAGUUUUCUUUCUAUAUUUCACAUGUACAAUCUUAUACGCACAUACACUUGGUACUCUGUGACGUUUUAACCCAUAUGCCACAUUUAGUGGUGGGCUAGGACUGAUGUUUUUCUGGUCUUUGACUUUAAAGUGGUAAAUAUAUAUAUAUAUAUAUACACAUACAGUUUCAGGAAUGCACCUGGACUUGAUUCUUCAACUCUGGCUGCGUACUUUAAUUUAAUUUGUUUUCUUUGGUUGUAGAAGUCUAUUUUUCUAUAUUAAAAGAUCAGACCACAUGGGUUUGUCAUCAGUUGCUUGGCUCGGCAAUAACAUUCCUCUGUAGGAUUAUAGUAAGAGGGAUUUCACUUCCCGAUCUCAUUAUUUUCCGAUUUAGUGGUCAAGUAAUUAAGAGAAAUGAACUGAAGCGCAAACCAAAUGCUGCAUGUAAAUGCAUUUCUCCUAAAAGUAUUUAAACCAAUGGCGUCUCAAAUCUAAAAGCAAACUCAUUUGUAGUUUGUGAUGCCUAAUGAAGCACUUAGAAAUAUCAAUAUGAAUAUGUAUGUUCAUGUUUUUAUAUAUGUUUGCAUCCUCACUGGUUUUGAUGUUUCUGUUUGGAAAUUUAAUUCAAAUAUAAAUGCAUGUUUCUUUUGUUUUAGUUGUUUAUUUGCUUUCUGGAUUAAGACUUUCCAUCUCAAAAUUGUACACUUUUUUUUUUGGCUUUCUAACGUUUGUAUUUAAGGGGCAAAGUACUUACUGAUAUUAAUGCCACUCGUUGAAUGUACAAACGUUUCCAUGGCAACACUUUAGUUAAUUCUAUUCAAGAACUUUAAUAAAACUAUGUACA